CCGUAUAUAUGUAAGGAAUGUGGGAAGGCCUUUGCUAAAGCUUCAAAACUUACUGUACAUAGGAGAAUUCACACUGGAGAGAAACCAUAUAUAUGUAAGGAAUGUGGGAAGGCCUUUGCUGAAUCCUCAAGACUUACUGUACAUAGGAGAAUUCACACUGGAGAGAAACCAUAUAUAUGUAAGGAAUGUGGAAAGGCCUUUGCUGUAGCUUCAACACUUAGUGUACAUAGGAGAAUUCACAGUGGAGAGAAACCGUAUAUAUGUAAGGAAUGUGGAAAGGCCUUUGCUAGAGCUUCAAGACUUACUGUACAUAGGAGAAUUCACACUGGAGAGAAACCGUAUAUAUGUAAGGAAUGUGGAAAGGCCUUUGCUGUAGCCUCAAGACUUAGUGUACAUAGGAAAAUUCACACUGGAGUGAAACCGUUUAUAUGUGAGGAAUGUGGAAAGGCCUUUGCUGUAGCUUCAACACUUAGUGUACAUAGGAGAAUUCACAGUGGAGAGAAACCGUAUAUAUGUAAGGAAUGUGGAAAGGCCUUUGCUUUGGCCUCAAGACUUAGUGAACAUCGGAAAAUUCACACUGGAGAAAGACCCUAUGUUUGUAAGGAAUGUGGAAAGGCCUUUACUUUGUCCUCAAGACUUACUGUGCAUAGGAAAGUUCACACUGGAGAGAAACCAUAUAUAUGUAAGGAAUGUGGGAAGUCCUUUGCUGAAGCCUCAAGCCUUCGUGGACAUAGGAGAAUUCACACUGGAGAGAAACCGUAUAUAUGUAAGGAAUGUGGGAAGUCCUUUACUGAAGCCUCAAGCCUUCGUGUACAUAGGAGAAUUCACACUGGAGAGAAACCGUAUAUAUGUAAGGAAUGUGGGAAGUCCUUUACUGAAGCCUCAAGUCUUCGUGUACAUAGGAGAAUUCACACUGGAGAGAAACCAUAUAUAUGUAAGGAAUGUGGGAAGGCCUUUGCUAGAGCUUCAAGCCUUACUGUACAUAGAAGAAUUCACACUGGGGAGAAACCGUAUAUAUGUACAGAAUGUGGGAAGGCC